AAAGUCAUUCAUAAUCUUAUCAAUCGUAAAAGUUAUGUGAUUUCGUUUCGUGACGAUGGAAUGCCGACGUGAAUAACAAUAAAAAUGUUCAAUAAAGUGUUACAACGCGCUCUCAAGUUCCGGCUGAAGAAGACUUAUCCCACGAAUAUUUAUGAUUUAUCUCGUGGAUCGGCGAUAGCGGUGCGGAGACCGUACAGCGACGAAGUGCGUCGUGCGCAGGCCCAGAGCGUCGCUGCGCCGGGGCCGACAAUCUUCGACAAGAUUAUAUCGAAGGAGAUUAAAGCGGACAUUAUUUACGAAGAUGACUUGUGUUUGGCGUUCAACGAUAUAUCUCCGCAAGCUCCCGUGCACUUCCUCGUGAUACCGAAGCGUCGGAUCCCGCGGCUGCAGGAUGCUGAGCCGAAUGAUAUGGAACUCCUGGGCCACCUGAUGCUGGUGGCUCGUUCCCUGGGGUCUGCGCGGGCGCCGUCGGGGUGGCGGCUUGUCGUCAACAACGGGCGCGACGGCGCGCAGUCCGUCUACCAUCUGCACCUGCACGUGCUGGGGGGGCGCCAGAUGGGCUGGCCGCCGGGGUAAGGGGUGAGGGGUGGACAGGAAAGAGGGGAAGGGGGAUUGGUUGGUAAUGUAAUGCUGUUUUUAGUAUGUGUAGUGUUAAGAAGGAUGUUAGAUAUUAAUUGCGAUGCGAUGAUGCGCUUUUUGGUUUUAAAAUCUGACAAAAUAUGAGUAAUCAGAUGAUGAAAGAAUUUAAGGAAACAUCCUUUUAAAUUAGUUUUUUUGAUAUAUCUUUGCAAUAUAAGAGGUCUCUUCGUCUCGCCAUUCAAAUUGUUUUUCUAAUGGAAUACUAAAAAUAAUGUUGUAUUUAGUUAAUAUAUAAUAUACCUUAACAUCUUUGAAUUAGUAUUGAAAUUCCAAUGUCACUAUCUGUCUCAAGGCUCGAUACAAUUACUCUGUAGUUGCAUCUAUUGUCAUUACAAUUUGAACUUUAUCGUCACUGGUUUAAGGUAUAUUAUUUGUUGCAAUAAUUAUAAAAAUCGCAUUCGCAAAUGAAAUGUAACCUUAUAUAUAAGUUUAUAAGGUUCCUUUUCAAAUAUAUUAGACUAAUACUAGUAAUUUCUCUUUGUUUGUAAGCAAAAAGAUUAUUUACUAUUUAUUUUCAAAAGAGGGUUUUGUUUCUGCGCUCACUAGUUGGCGCUAGUAUCGAAUUAGAGGCACUAUUGUCUAUUGAAACCCUCUGCUGUGAUUGGUGGGCUUGUCAGCCAAUCACAGUUGUUAUAUUAAGGUAGUACCUAUCUAGACUAAGGCUUAUUUAGUCUAGUACUAGGUAGUGUUGUGCCUGCCUUAUUUCAGAUAUUUAUAAAUGUCUUGAAGAUAUUAUUUCAGUGCCUUAUUUAUCCAGACUGCAGGUAUGUAUAAUGGUCGUGGGUUCGAUUCCCAAGUCGGUACCUGAAAGUUCGCAGUCUGGCGUUGUUCCCAUAAUAAAGCGAAAUGUAUACAUUUCUGCUUAACCCCAAUAGGGAAUAAAAAGCGUUAUAUUAAUGCCUUACACAGGCAUUUUCUAUGUCCAAAAACGUAAAUAUAACAUAAUUAUAAGUUACGAUUACUGCCACCCAUCCUUUUCCAAUCCUCGUGGUGUGUUGCUUAACCUAAGAUUGCUAAAUCGUGUCAUAAUGAAGCCAUUGUUAUCGUUAUAUGUUAUGUUAGUGCAAUAUACACUUGCCAAAUUAGUUUGUAAGUAUUAUUGCGUGCGCACACGACGCUAGAUGGCGCGAGUGUAGAUUUUGGUCUAUUUUAAAUUAAUAGUUAUUGUAUAAUGCGUCCCAAUGAAUAUAAUUAUAAUUUGUAUAAAAUUAAAUGGUUCCUUUAAACCAAUCAAUAUUUGAGUACUAACAUCAAGUCACCCGUCUUUGUUUAACACAUUUUCAACUUUAACGUUUUGUAAAUAAAGUCGAAAAUGAAUUAAAGAAGAGUGUAUCUUGAUCUGCUGCCAUCGGGUCGUGUGUCGCAGCGCUCAGUCUCAAAGUAGCGACGCCACAGUUUGAUACCUUCUGCCUGAGCCGACAGGGGGCGGUACUGGGCUCGAUUAAAACAAACGCGAUACCAAAAAUAGUCAUUUUUCUUGUUAACUCGGCCCAAAGUUAGAAUAUCAAGUAGUUUUACUAAUGAUGACUGAUAUACUUAGCUCUAUAAGUAGUAUUUUCCAAUUCCGUCUAUUCAAUAACUUGUAGUUUUAGGUUUAAAUUAUUAUUUUCACUAAAUUAGAGCAGCUUUCCUUUAAAAAACGGAGCCAAUAUCGCGCCCCUGUCAGUUGGAAAUUACGCUCAGAUCAGUAUUCGUUUAAAAAAUAUAAAAAUAAUUAUACAUACAAUACUUUCUUCUCUAUAAAACAGAUCCUUAUUUCUUCCUUUAGUCACAUUGUCACACGUGACAGCUGUCAAAUCUGACGUCUGUCAUUCCUGACAGCUGUCACUAGUGUCAAUGUAGUGUGUAGUUUAAUUGAAUUUGUUGAAUUACCGCCGUACUCAGAGUCAUUCAAUGGUUACUUAACCCAGUCCUUAGUAAUUGUUUGAGGAAUUUAAUCGUUACUAAGGAAUAGUUUAAGUCAAAGUCAAAAUCAUUUAUUUCAAAUAGACCAGGAAGGCACCUUUGAACAUCAAAACAAAUAUAAUAAUAUUAAUAACGUCUGUCUGUCGGUCAGUCCUCUAGUUGCUCUAUUUGCUCGUUCCAAAGUGUAGAUUCCUAUGGAGAAGAACGAGCAAGAAACUCCAUAGGUUACUCUUUUUCAAUCAGAUUCACAAUACGACUUUAACUAUUCCUUAGCAAGGAUUUUACUUAAACUUUAAGUAGUCAUUAAAUGUCUGUGAGUGCGGUAGUUAGUGAAUGUUGUUUAUUAAAUAAAUACCUCAAUAAUGUAAUGAUCUGAGUAAUUCGCGAAUCUCGUUGUAUUUGUGUUGCAAAACAUUUGGUAUGUUUCUAGUCAGAACGGUGGCCCGCGGCCGCCGCGCGUCUCAAACUGUGGUAGUACGGGCGGGGACUAUGCUAUACUAGCCAUUUUAGCUAUAUUUUUGCAGGGAUACUAUUCUACUAGUAUUAAGUAUUUGACUACCAAUAGAAAACUCUUGAAGACUAAUCCUCCGCUAACGUCGGUCACCGGUGACCCCUCAAGUGGCGUUUAAAGUGUUAACUAUGCAGUUUGAAUUAAAUGCUGUCACUCUUCGUAGGUAGCGCCACUGUCGAAUAAAGUCUUGUCAGUGUAAUUACUGUCAAAAGUAAACUAAAAUGAUGACUUCAAACUAGUUAGUCUAGUCUGGCGUUAGUACAAGCAAUUAUAGACAGUAUUCCUGCACUUUUAAGAGCUAGAAUGGCGUGUGGUGUCCUCGCCAGUCGACGUAGUCAGUCGCUCGGUACAUAUCUUAGAUUUAGUUGUUUUAUUUUUGUUUCAUUUUUAUUUUUAUUGAUUAAUGACUCCCCCGACUUGUAUGCUUUGUCUCUGUCGCACUUGUAUGUGUCCUGCGUGUGUGAGACAGAGACGGCGAUAUACUGUGACGUCACUCUCUAGUUGAGUUUGAGUACAAAUGUAGUAAGUAGUCGGCUGUAAGGCCCGUGUCAUAGACAACACCAAAUAUUGUCAUGUAAGCGUGACGUCACGGUCUAUUGCCUAGGAACUUGGUAUGAUGAACAGGGUAUGGAAGGUAAUGGUCUAUUGAGGGAGUCAGCCAAGGGGGGGAUUAUAGAGAUCCCCUCUAUUUGUCCAGCAGUUCAUGAUGAUGUUGACGUUAAAUUAGAAAAAUAGUCAACUUGUACUUUUCUUUUAUUCUGUUCAAUGGAUUAAAAAGUGUUUAAUUUCCAUACCCUGUCAUCAUUCCUACUAAUACAAAAUCUUUAUUGUACCUACUAUAUUUUAUAUACACACGGGUAUACAUAGAGCUAUAUAGCACCAGUAUAAACUGACCGUCGAAUGUGUGGAAAGGUUAUACAACGCGAGACCAUUUUCUUGACGCGGUGGCCAAAAUCAUUUAAGUCAAUUUUGCUCAAAAUAUUAAAAUUUCACAGUAUCUACGGUUUUGUGUUAUCGGUUGACUGGAAUAAGCACUUAAGUCACCGUCACUCCAUUCAGUCGCAAUAGUCGACUGUACCAUAAAACCAAGGAGGCUCAAUUCUCCCUUCCCAGUCUUCCCAAUCCCCGAUUCCCCAACAACCUUUAAAUUCCUAACCUCCAAAAGACCGGCAACGCACUUGUAACGCCUCUGGUGUUUCUGGGCGGUGAUUGCUUACCAUCAGGUGCUACCGGCUUGUACCAUAACCAAUACUUAAGUCUUAAAAUCUUCUGUAUAAUGUUUGCGUGCAAAGAAUUGACUUAAAUGCUUUUGGCUUCAGAAUCUAGCAUUGUAAACUGGUUUUGUAUAGCUCCAUGUGCAGCCCAGUGUGUACAGUCGGGGGUACAUAUUAUAUUAUUAAGUAUUUUUCUUUAUUAAUUCGUUGUAUGUCGGUUGUGGGUGCGCGCGGCGUCCGUUCCGCCAUUUUGUUUGGCAAAAAGCGCGCGAACGCUCGUCGUGUGUCUCAGUGCUGUUUGGAAUUUAACUUGAUGUUUAAAUUCUUUAACCAAAGUUUAUUAAAUGAUUUUUUUUAAUGAU